AUGAAUCUUAUGGCUCAGAAUGAAGACCAGGACCCAGCCCUCACCAAAAGAGAGAGAGACGUUCACUCUCUUUGCUACAACUUCACCGUCCAUCCUAAGCCCAGACCUGGACAACCAUGGUGUGUGGUUCAAGGCCAGGUGGAUGGAAAGGUUUUUCUCUCCUAUGAUUGUGGUGGCGCUAAGAUCCAAUCCAUGAGUCCCCUGGGUGAAGAGGUGAAAGCCACAAAGCCUGAACAAGGGCAGAUGGAAACACUCAAAGAUGUCGGAGACUGGCUCAAGGAGCAGCUGCCUGAUGUUACCCCGGAGAAACACAUGGCCAGGGACCCUGUCACCCCGCAGGGCAGGAUGACAUGGUGUGAAGACGAUGGACGCACCAGUGGAUCCUGGCAGUCUGGCUUCAACGGACGGAUGUCGCUCCUCUUUGAUUCAGAGAAUGGACAGUGGACAGUGGUUCCUUCUGGAAGCAGACGGAUGAAAGAGAAGCGGGAGAGUGACAGAGCUGUGACCGAGUUCUUCAAGAAGACCUCCAUGGGAGACUGUAGGGCCUAGCUUCAGGAUUUCUUGAUGCACUGGGAGAAAAUGUUGAAGACAAGGGCAUCACCCACCACGGUCCCCCCCGCUAAAGCCCAGACCAGGGCCACAGCCAUCAAGCCCAUCACUUGGAUCCUCCCCGUGGUCCUCUCCUGGUCCAUCACAACUAGCAUCCUGGGUGGAGUCCGCUACAAGAACAGGUUUGAACUUUGUGAGACCACUUUAACUCGGAUUGUUUUCAAUAAAUACAGUACUACUCGAUCUGCCGUUGGUUUAGUCCGGGGUUGGUUGAAUCCUCCAAUGAGGAAUCGUGGAUACGGAGGGCUGUCUAUGGGACCUGAGCACCAGAGGAUUUUGGUAUCCCAGUCGAACUGUCCCUUUGCCAUGGUGGCUUCUCCACAUGUUCUCAUGACAAGUCACCAGCGGAGCCCCACGGCAGAUGAGCUAAAAAGUGCUGAUGAACCACAGCCGCCGCGGCGGGUCCCGCUCCCCCUCGACGCCGCUCGGGACGCAGCCGGCCGAGCUCCGGCCGAGCCGGGGCGGCGGGACGUCGGGGAGACAGACAUUCGAGAGAAGAUUGAGGGAUUCAAACUGAAAACCCCGAGGAGAGAGUUUUCGGAACUUCUCUUGUGCUUGCAAACAGCGACAGCCUCAAGCUGGGAAAGCAGCGUUGGGUGGACCGGGCAGGCGAGGACCGCGCCCCACCGAUCGCAGGCGCUCGGCCCCGGAGACGGGUGA